AUGAGGUUCAUGCAAUGCCCAUCUAUCCUUUCACUCACACUCGCCAUUAGUCUCCUCACCUCGUCACUGGCCGUCGAAACCACGACUAGCGGCACCGGAGGAUGUAAACCAUCUACUUGGGAGCCCAGUACGCCUAUAGGUACUUUUCGUCACCAGCGACCGAUGGCCACACCCAGUGUGCCGCGCAAGAAGGAGCUCGAGGCGGGAGAUAUUAACUGUCGCGGCUGGGCCCAAACAUAUGAGCAUGUUGAUGAAUCGACGUGCCAAAAACUGGCCGAUGACUAUCGCAUAGAUCUUGGUACCCUUUACGACCUAAAUCCGAUCCUGGAGGCAGACUGCAAGAGGAUCAGGCCCUACACAGAAUAUUGUUACACAGGAUACGAGACUGCACCCCAAGUCUCUGCUACAGAGAUGCCGGUAACUGCUUUCUCCGCGUCAUCACCUCAACUGAUGGGAUAUGCGGCCUUGUAA